GUAUUAGGAGUGGGAAGGUUUUAUACUCAGAAGUGUGACAUUUUGAGCUGAAACAACACACAAAUGGCAUCAUCGAAGGUUUUGUGUAGGUUGUCAUCUCGGUUACAGACACUUGCUCACAGCAACUUCACCAAACCCUCACUUUCUCUUCUCUCCAAUCCACUUUCUCUCUCUGCGCGCCGCCUUUCUCGUACUUUCCGGUUACCGGUGGAGUUGGCGAGCUUGGAAUCAAUUAUGCCGUUACAUAGCGCGGUGGCUUCAGCUCGAUUAGUGUCAAGCUUGUCUGUUGAGUCUAAGGGUUGGGGGUUAGUUCCUCAAGGUAUUUCCAUGCCUUUAUGACAGCGUUUGUCUGCAGUUAGUAGCUGCAACGUAACAUUUUCAUUGGAUGUCAGGCUCAUGUUGAUGUUUUCAGUUGUUGUAAUGUUGAGGCUACUGACAUAUGAUUCUUCAUCUGACAUAUUUGAGGACACGCAGUGCAAUUGAUGUUGCUUAGUUCAAUUUAUCUUCAUAUAUUUCUGGAAUAUAUCUUUUUUGGUUUUUCCAGUCUAUGGAUAAAUAUUUUGUUAACUAUUAAUGCAUUUGAGUGCAUUAUACCUCCUGAGGAUUUAAUCCAUUUUAUUUGUUGCUGUUUC